AGGUGAAGAAACACAUGAUCUAAGUUCGACCAGAUGUACCUAACGAAAGGCGUCCUGCCCGGGACCGGCCAGGUGUACCUAACGAAAGGCGUCCUGCCCGGUACCGACCAGGUGUACCUAACGAAAGGCGUCCUGCCCGGUACCGACCAGGUGUACCUAACGAAAGGCGUCCUGCCCGGUACCGACCAGGUGUACCUAACGAAAGGCGUCCUGCCCGGGACCGGCCAGGUGUACCUAACGAAAGGCGUCCUGCCCGGGACCGGCCAGGUGUACCUAACGAAAGGCGUCCUGCCCGGUAUCGACCAGGUGUACCUAACGAAAGGCGUCCUGCCCGGGACCGGCCAGGUGUACCUAACAAAAGGCGUCCUGCCCGGGACCGGCCAGGUGUACCUAACGAAAGGCGUCCUGCCCGGUAUCGACCAGGUGUACCUAACGAAAGGCGUCCUGCCCGGGACCGGCCAGGUGUACCUAACGAAAGGCGUCCUGCCCGGGACCGGCCAGGUGUACCUAACGAAAGGCGUCCUGCCCGGGACCGGCCAGGUGUACCUAACGAAAGGCGUCCUGCCCGGGACCGGCCAGGUGUACCUAACGAAAGGCGUCCUGCCCGGGACCGGCUUGGUGUACCUAAUAAAAGUAACACUCAUCAUAUACAAACAGCACUGUAGCUUCGACGCCCAGCUCACUCAGGUGCUGCCUAGGCUUCAGUGUACCAAUGAUCCAUAGCCUCUCAGGAAAACCUGCAGCUGCCUGAAUGUGUGCUAACAAAGCAUAAGAGCGCUUAUACUAAAGUGCGAAAACAUCAAAACAAGCUUUUGCUUCAAGCUUCUUUCUUGUAGUAGUGAAUGUAAAUAAACUCAAUCUUGCAAACAGCCUCUUAAACAUAUGUAGCCAAUGAAUAAUUACAACCAGGUUUUUGUGAUGCUGAAAUUUUUAGCUGCUGUGAUAUUAACAAGUGCAACUGUUGGGAUGAUAUCCUUUAAUAAUCACCUUAAUUACAUUGAUGUGUGAAAAAGAUGGCUAUGAAACCAUUCCAAGGUUUCCAGUACCUCUGAAUUCCAUCUUACUAUAAAGAAGAGAUCAGAGCUUUAUCAAAAAAAUGGUACUUGAGUAUAGCCCUGACCAUCACCACACACUGCGGCCACUGCCCUCCCAGCCCUGACCAUCACCACACACUGCGGCCACUGCCCUCCCAGCCCUGACCAUCACCACACACUGCGGCCACUGCCCUCCCAGCCCUGACCAUCACCACACACUGCAGCCACUGCCCUCCCAGCCCUAACCAUCACCACACACUGCGUCCACUGCCCUCCCAGCCCUGACCAUCACCACACACUGCGGCCACUGCCCUCCCAGCCCUGACCAUCACCACACACAGUGGCCACUGCCCUCCCAGCCCUGACCAUCACCACACACAGAGGCCACUGCCCUCUCAGCCCUGACCAUCACCACACACAGAGGCCACUGCCCUCCCAGCCCUGACCAUCACCACACACUGCGGCCACUGCCCUCCCAGCCCUGACCAUCACCACACACUGCAACCACUCCCCUCACAGCCCUGACCAUCACCACACACAGUGGCCACUGCCCUCCCAGCCCUGACCAUCACCACACACUGCGGCCACUGCCCUCAAACUCUGCUUUACUAAAAUCACAGCAUGUGAUAGAAAGGACAGCAGCUAUGCAAUUUCAUUUCAUUCAUUGCAAAGAAGUAAACAUUUCUACUAAUCUAAACAUUUUCAGUUAAACAUUUUCAGUUAAACAUUUUCAGUUAAACAUUUGUGAAUGGUGAAACAGUAUACUAAUAAUUUAUUUACCUUAAGGUCAAGGGCUACAAAUGGGCAAGUGUUCAUUAUUUGAAAUUUAAUUACUGUUGAAGCUCUAUUGAUGUUACAUGAACCAAAAGCAUUCAUGAUAAUACUUCUCAGUACUAACUUAACACAUUUGUGAAAUUAAGCUGAAGCAUUCAGUUGAAUAUGAUCAUGUUCUAGCUUUUAAAAUUGCAGCAAUUUAACAAGCAGUUGUAUCAAACCUGAUAAACGGAGGACGGAGAAUCGAGACAGUUAUCCAUGAAGACCUCGGUCGUGAAGCACUUUCCAACCUACUGGCUUUUCCAUUUUUUUGCAUGAAGUUAAAAACAAGACAAAAGUAAAACUAAACACAUCAGUUUUAUAUCGUGUUGUGGCAGGUUUGACUGCAUCCCUGAAAAUAUAAGAAACUGAAAUAUAAGCACAGUGAAUCAGACAGAUCAAAAUCGGAUAAUUCUCAGAUGCCAUUUUUAAGUAAUUCAUGUUCUUCAUAAGUUUAAGGUUAUUCCUCGGAAGCCGCACACUAGCAAUCCGUUUGUGCAUGUCUCAGAUGGCUGGAGCAGGGUGCCUGGUGCUCCCCCCCGGCCGCCCAGUCUCCUGCACCCCAGAUUGCAUCAUACGCCACAUGGGCUCUCUGUCCUUUUUCUGGAACAAACGUAACUGGUGUGUGAAGUGCGGAAGGGGAUUGUCUUUCUGAGCUUUGUAGUGCAGCUGUUUUCCUGAGAGAGCCUCCGUGUCUUAUUCUGCUGCAUCUUCUAAUGCCAAAUUACAGAUGCCACAAACCAGCCUUAAUGGGUCUACAGUUUGUGGAUUGUGUUUAAAGAUGGAAGAAUGGUGAAAAUUUGAUGGUUUUUCUUCAGGACCGGGUGACGCCCAUGAAGUGCCCUCGGUCAGCAUUAUCGCCGGCACCCUCUGUAGGAGGCAAAGUCAAAUUGGUUGGCCACCUCAGAAGAUGGCAGCCUAGGCCAGCUUCACCGCCGGUGCCCCCUAUCUGAGACAAAGUGAAAUCGGCUUGCUAAGUCACGCCCCCUCAGAAGAUGGCGCCCCCUAGUCAGCCGCCUGUGUCAGCGCAUGGCUGGGCCUGCACUGAUUAACUUUGUGGACCUUACCGCUUCUCGGUGUGUCACGCUGCGGUGCCCUGGGCCUGUAAUCUGAAUCGUGGUCAUACUCUAUGUGCCCAUCGUGUGAUUCUCGCUUUUUCUCAAACGUUCUUCAGGAUUGCUUGGUGUGUGUUUUACACCAUGGGCCCCCAGCACCCUGGGGGGCUUGCUUUAUAUGCCUUGAUUAUGCUUUAAUGUACUACGUUUGUGUGGAAUGUUACGACUUGGAAGCGAUUUUGUAUAGAUUUGUACAAUAAUAUUAUUAAAUGACAAAGAGAAAUAAUAUUUAUAAUGUGAUAAAUGUCUUCAUUCAAAUGCAUUUAUUCAAAAUAAAAGUCUAUUGUUACUA